UGCGCACUUAUAACCCUCGUUAUUUCUCCAAUCAGAUUCGUACAGCUGGCAUUACCGGUAAGCUUACGUGGGUCUUGAUUGUUUGCCCGAGUGUUUUCUUUCAAAAUAUUUCAGUUUCAAUUCUGAAUAAAAAGUGCUUUAAAUAUCUAUAUUGUUUCUCCGUAUGAGUAAAGUAUUUUUGAUAGAUUAUUUUAAGUUUUACUUUGCAUUCUUGCGCUUUGAAGUUGUUUAUAAAUCAAUUGUCCCAUCUUAAUAAUUUGUCUACUAGCUUCUCAAUUUAAGAUGGCAAGUUUACUUAUAAACUUUUUGACAUUUUUACUAGUUAUUAGUGUCUCACCAUUGACAAGUGCUCUGAAGGAAGGGGAAUGUGAAGUUUGUGUUGGAGUCUUGAAUAAAUUAGUGAAGUCUUUAGAACCUUCUGAGAAAUCUGCACCAGCUAUAGAAAAAAAAUUUAAAAAUUUCUGCUUGACAGCCAAGAAAUCAGAAGAAAGAUUUUGCUAUUAUAUCGGUGGCCUCGAAGAAUCUGCAACAAAGAUAGUUUCUGAAAUGAGUAAACCAUUGUCAUAUAGCUUACCUGUUGAUAAAGUUUGUGAGAAAUUGAAGAAAAAAGAUGUUCAAAUUUGUGAUUUAAGAUAUGAAAAAACUAUUGACCUGAAAACUGUGGACCUUAAAAAACUAAAAGUACGUGAUUUGAAGAAAAUUCUCUCUGACUGGGACGAGCAAUGUGAUGGAUGUUUGGAAAAGACAGAUUAUAUUAGAAGGAUAGAAGAAUUGAAACCGUUGCAUAGUAGAGAGGAAUUGUAAAUGUAUAUUAAUUAACAUAUUAAUUUAUUUGUAAAUGACUACAUAUACAACCAUCAUUUUGUGCAUUUUUCUUAAGCUUAUUUUUGCUACAUUUCUCAUCAUAAAAGGGGAAACAAAUGUGAGACAUUUGAAAAGCUUCUGGUCUCUUGCAAGAAAAGAAUCUGUUACAAAUUGUUGUUCGAAUGUUCUCAUUGUUUUAUUUUAAAUACCUUAAGAUUCUUUCCGUAAAAUUUUAAAUGUUAAUUAACAGCUAAACAUGCGGAAGUCUAGUUUUAUUUUUACAAGUAUGAAGUUUUUUCAAAUUGUAAAAGAUUCUUUAUAGUUUCGUUAUAUUUUGAUUAUACCUUAAAUUUUAAAAAAAAAUUAAAACCGGAAAAGUUAAGUGAAAAAGAGAUAGUUCUAUGGUAUUUUUUAGGAAUCUAUAUAAUGAAUGAGUAUUUAUACUUGCUUUUUGAUAUUUUUAUGUAUUUAAAAGAAUUGUAUUUUCAGUGUUAAAUAAAUUUCGACUAAAAUAAUUCUUUUAAAUGUAUACAUAAUUUAAUAACUUUUUUAUAUAUCUUAAAAAUCUUUUCUAAAUUUUAAGUAAACGUUAAUCAAGAGCUGCAACAGGUAAAAGUAUAAUUUUGUUUUUAUAUUUAUAAUUAUUUUUUUUUUUGAAAUUGUAAGAGCAUCUUUAUAGUGUCUUUAAGUUAUAUCUAUUAAAAUUAUAAACCUGCAAUGUAAAUUGGAGAAGAAAGUUUUAUUUUUUAUACACACCUUUUAAUAUAUAUAUUUUUAUGUAUUUCAAUUGCUUUUUUAAUGUUUAAGAAACAAAAUUAGACUUUCAGUAUGUUAACACGAAGAGUAAUGUCAUAUCUUCUAUUGAUAUUUCCAAUUUAUUUAUGUUAUUCAAAUUCUUUUCUAAAUAAAAUCUGUUGAAUAUAGAGAAACUCCUUAAGCAGUUAUUUGUAAAUUUUAAAUAUACUUUAAUAUAUAUAGAAUGAUUUCUCUAAUUGUUAUGAGCUGGAACUUUAAUCUUAGUUAGAAUUUUGAAUAUUACCAAAAUUUCCAGGCAUGUCAGUAGUUUUAUGUAGAUCUCAGAAACUAUGAAAUGUCAUAUUAAUAUUUUUUUCAUUUCAUUUAUUUUCUGAUUUUUUCUUUCAAAUGAAAAUUUAAGUGUUGCUUUUAUAAGAAUGCUUUCGAUUAGUUUAUUAAUUGCUCAAGUUUCUGCGGCAUUUUGUAUUUAAACACUGUUCUAAAUUGUCUUUAAUAAAAUUUGUAUUCAUAUUU